UAUCGAGACGUCGUCCACGACGAUCAGACGUAGACUUACUGCUUUUCUUGCUAGGCGCUUUUACUUUGCAACUGCGAAAAGUUUUCUGAUCAAAUCUUGGCUGAGCUUUUGAACUUGGCAGAAGUCGAUUUGCAGUCUUGAUUGCGUAGAUCUAACUUUCAGAAGCAGCAUGCGGCGAACACGGCACGUCGUUUUGCCGGUGAAAUCCUGGCAGAGCAUCGGUCUGCUCAUCGUAUCUCUCGCCUGUCUCACUCUUGGCCAUGUGUCCCGCGAUCGUGAAGGAAGACAUGGUAGCCUAGUCGGACCUGAACUACUGCACACUGCACCACACGAAGUUGACGCUUGCCCUAACAACUGCAGUUUCAUCCUCUCGAGUAGCGGUGCUUCUGCGACGCUGUCGAGAUCCGCUCUCGCUACUCCUACUUCCUCGGGAUCGCGCGAUACGCGCUCAACUCGCGAAUCGAGCGCUGAAGGGCGCAGGGCUCGCGUGAUCGGGGAAAGUCGAGAACGUCGGAGUGCUCGACUCCGUUCGCGUUCGAUGGACGAAGCAGCUAUUCGAAGGGUUCGCUUGCGAUCCGUCGUUGAACGUCGUGCAAUCGAAGAUGCUCGCCGAGGUCGCGCGCUCGUUCGAAAUCAGCGAGUUCGAGAGCUUCGCGAAUCUUCGAUUAAGAGAUCACUGGUACCUGUAGAAGGUCAGGUCGGAGCUUUCGAUAAUCGACUGGAUACUCGAGCCGAACGCUGGGCAUCGAGCGCUGAACGACGAGCACGAGGUUCUCAUAUGGUACGUCAAGUUCGAGACGUCCGAGCAGAAGGUAGAGCUACCCGUAUUCAACGCACAGUCCGAGUUGCUGAAAGGCAUCUCGAUACUCGAGCUGAGCACCGAAUCCGAACUGUUGACGGUCGACAAUAUCGGGACUCCGUUUUUGAUCGCCGCGUCCGCGAUUCUGAAAUUCGUCGUGCUCGUGAAGUUCGAGCUGAGCGAAGAGUUAUAGAUGCUGAAAGACGACUCGAUGUUCGCGGAAGAUGGAGCACUGAACGUCAAGUUCGAGUAGCCGACAACCGACGCGCACGAGAAUCCAAUCUUGAACGCCGCGUUCGUGACGCUCAAGCAGUGAGGAGGUUCGCAUCUGCGGAACGACGAGUUCGAGCUGCAGAAAACCGACGAGCCCGCGGCUCCGAUUUGGAACAUCGGGCUCGAUAUAUUGACGAGCGACGGGCUGAACGCCGAGUACGCGAUGUUAGGACUGAAGGGAGGAGCCUGUCAGAGGAGCGGCGAGUUCGCGACAACUUGCAGGCUCGCGACUCUGAUAUGCAACGCCGGAUUCGCCAAAUUCAAGCGGAGAGGCGAUUGGGCAGUGGCGAUAAUGAGCGGCGAGUUCGGGAACGUAGGGUUGCCGGCUCUGAACACCGUGAAAAUCGACUCGAUUCGCAAGUCGAACGUCGGGCUCGCUCUUUGGAUAGUCGACGAGUUCGAAUUUCGAAAGUUGAACGACGAGUUCGAUCUGCAGAGAGGCAACUGGAUUCCCAAGCUCAGCGACGAGCCCGCGACGGCGAACGUAGAUCGAUGGCCGAUGAACGCCGGCUCAGAGGAAACAACGAGCUAACAGUCCGCGACGAAGGUCGCGCGCGAUCCAUUGACGCUAGCCGAGCUCGGAAUAACAGGAGAGAUACCUCAAGAUUGGAGAACCACCGAGCUCGAUCUAUCGGUGACCCGAACGCCAGAAGAGAUACGGCUAGAUUGGAAACCAGAAGAGGCUUGUAUCGAGUUGACAGCCGUGAAACUGUGCGCAACAAUUUAGCAAUCCGCCGGAAGGCUGAAAAUGCACGCAGGACGAGAACUGGGGUUCGAGUCGAAGAAAGCAGACUCGAGCAUAGGAGAGAGAAAAGGCACGCUGAACAACGUCGCGUUAAGUCUGCCAUUCGAGACAACGAGCGACGGAAUGUUCUUGCGACACAACGAAAGAACGACAUCGUAACUAGGAGAGUGAGCGAUGUUUCUAGCGAUCUGUUCAGGCGGCUAUCUGAUCGUCUGGAUCAUCGUCGCGCGAACGGAGUAAAGGCACAACCACAGUACCUGCAAAAUACGAUAAUGUCGAAUAACUUAAAUUACGAGGUUUUACGACAAGGCAUAGUUAUUGUUCUUUGCGCUCUUUACGGGGCUUCUAUUUUCAGUACUAAAACUUUACCUUUUACAAACUUGGUUCGUUACACAAAUCGAUUAGCUGUCUGGUGAAUCUUCAAAGUAUCAUGAAUGCUCCGUUGAAAUUGUUAAAAAUAGUAAAAUCCACUUAGAAGCACGAUGACAACUGUACUUCAAAUGACAGCUAAUUUUCAAUGUAGUAUAGAUUUAUAGCAGAUGGAUUUUAAAAUAUAUUUGAAACUGUUCUAGAGUACAACCAAAUAUUGCACUCUAUAUCCUAUACUGUUGUGAUCUCAAUAAAUUGAUACUUGAUCCCUUUAUCUAGAACACGUACUUGCACAUCAGUAGUUUUUGAGAUUUUGAAGCUCUUCAAAUUGUAUGAAUAUACUAUAUAUUUAAUAUGAAAUCUAUGUAAAUUAUAUUUUGUGUGAAUAAACAGCAUUAAUAAAGAAUAU